AGGCAAGCAGCAGCCGACUCGCACCGACCGUCCGCCUCACUCUUCAACCGAGUGGCGUUCGCCUCACUGCAGCACCCAGUCACCAAUCUACACUCAUAAUUGCAGCACAUCCUCUGCACUCCGCCGGACCCAGCAGCAGUGAUUCAUCUUUCGGUGCAGAGUUAAGUAACAUGAUGAGACUCGCGUGACUGCGGCUCUUCUACCCGCCCCACCCCCAAUAGGACACAUGCACCCUCAGUAAGAAAUCCCUGGCAACGCAGAUGGCUGGCGGGGCGAAGGUUGAGCGGCGGAUGGGUUAUGCAGCCGUGUGGCUGGCGCUGUGGCCGCUGCUGGCGUCGGGCGCGUUGCCGCACUUCGAGGGUGACCCGCUCGUCGUAUCGACGACCAAGGGCAAGGUGCGCGGCAUCACGCUGCACUCGAGCUCGGGCAAGACCGUGGAUGCGUGGCUGGGCAUCCCGUACGCACAGAAGCCGAUCGGCAAUCUGCGCUUCCGCCACCCCAGGCCCAUCGAGCGGUGGGACCGCGACGGCUACGUCCUCACCACUGACAAGAUGCCCAAUAGCUGCGUCCAGAUCGUGGACACGGUGUUCGGCGACUUCGCCGGCUCGGCCGUGUGGAAUCCGAACACACAACUCAGUGAGGACUGUUUGUACGUGAACGUGGUGGUGCCGCGACCGCGUCCCAAGAACGCCGCCGUCAUGGUGUGGGUCUACGGCGGCGGCUUCUACUCGGGCACUUCCACCCUGGACGUGUACGACCACAAGAACCUGGUGGCCGAGGAGAACGUCAUCCUGGUGAGCAUGCAGUACCGCGUCGCCUCGCUCGGCUUCAUCUUCUUUGACUGUGCAGACGUGCCCGGCAAUGCCGGCCUCUUCGACCAGCUGAUGGCGCUGCAGUGGGUCAAGGACAACAUUAAGAAUUUUGGAGGCAACCCAGACAACAUCACGUUGUUUGGCGAGUCGGCCGGCGCCGUUUCGGUCAGUCUGCACUUGCUCAGUCCGCUGAGCAGGCACCUCUUCAACCAGGCCAUCAUGCAGAGUGGGUCGCCGACGGCGCCCUGGGCCAUCAUCAGCCGCGAGGAGAGUGUCCUGCGCGGGCUCAGACUGGCCGAGGCAGUCGGGUGUCCGCACUCGAAGAGCAACUUGCAGGCCACGGUCGAGUGCCUGCGCACGGUCAACGCCACUGACCUGGUCAACAACGAGUGGGGCACGAUGGGCAUCUGCGAGUUCCCGUUCGUGCCCAUCAUCGACGGCGCCUUCCUCGACGAGAAGCCCGCGCGCUCCUUGGCUAACAAGAAUUUCAAGAAGACCAACAUCCUCAUGGGCAGCAACACCGAGGAGGGCUACUACUUCAUCAUUUACUACCUGACCGAGCUCUUCCGUAAGGAGGAGAGCGUCUACGUCAACAGGGACGAGUUCCUCAAGGCGGUGCAGGAGUUGAAUCCGUACGUGAACAACAUUGCUCGGCAGGCAAUCGUGUUCGAGUACACGGACUGGCUGAACCCUGACGACCCGGUCAGGAACCGCGACGCGCUCGACAAGAUGGUCGGUGACUACCACUUCACGUGCAACGUCAACGAACUGGCGCACCGCUACGCAGAGACCGGCAACAACGUGUACAUGUACUAUUUCCAGUACCGGUCGCUCGGCAACCCGUGGCCCAGCUGGACGGGCGUGAUGCACGGUGACGAGAUUAGCUACGUUUUCGGCGAGCCGCUCAAUCCGGCCAAGAAGUUCCAGCCGCAGGAGAUCGAGCUCAGCCGACGCGUGAUGAGAUACUGGGCCAACUUUGCCAAAACAGGGAAUCCGUCAUUAUCUGAAGACGGCACAUGGACCACCACGUACUGGCCCUUGCACACGACCCACGGCAGGGAGUACCUCACGCUCGACGUGAACUCGACCGCCACAGGCCGAGGGCCGCGCCUCAAACAGUGUGCCUUCUGGAAAAAGUAUUUGCCGCAGCUCAUUAGUGUCACAUCCAAUUUGCCUGAAGUGGAUGAUGCAGACUGCACGCCUGGCGUCAAGAAGAAAUGCUGCAACGCUGCCUCACCGACCAAUAUUAACAAUAAUAAUGUAAUAUUUGGUGUCCUGCUAGUAAUGAUAAUCCUACGGAUUCAGAGUGCGCCUGUGUAAAACUGCUUUUUCCCGAACAUACGGACACAUAAAUUUUAGAGGCCAGUUUCGGCUGCGAACAAAAAAUUACGUGUAGCGCAAGAGAUGAGGCGUCGUCCACCGCACACAAAGAGACAAAACUACACCAACUCAUCUGGAGGAGUCGUUUAAUUGAGAUGGAAAAAUUACCUAUUUAGUGAAACACUCUCAUGAAGAAAACAAAUAUAUUUAAUUGUGACACAGAAACCGUGGACAGAUAAAAAAAAUGUGUAAUCAAAGAUAUUAUAUUUAACAAAGUCUAUUGAGAAAUGAGAGAGAGGAUGACAAUUUAUAUUUGAAACUGCUGCCGCUGGAGGAACCCCCGGUGGAGCACGAAGAUGGAUCAAAAGUGGCGCAUUACCAGUGUUAGAUGUGCUUUUUAUAUUGGAUUCGCCCCCUACCCCAGCGAAAAGGACGGUAUCUGAAGAAGGGAAGAAAAAGUUAUUUUGACGGCUGUAAUGAAGACUGACGUUAAGUGCAGCGCAUCAGUUG